AGGAAUGGGCACUGGACACAAGCGCAAAUUCAAUGAUGACACUCAAAUGGGAAAGUAAAGUUCAUAAGGCAUACGUUACAGAUGUCACUGGCGAUGGAGAUAUUGUACUCAGCUGCAGUACAUUGGAUGGGGCUUUCUUAUUACUUCCAUCGCGUGGUCGUGUGGCUCCAUUGGUUUCCUACGGAGCACGAAUUGUUGUUCUUGACUCAAACUCCAAAAUUGCUAUCGUUGGGGUCGAUAAUGGAUCGAUUCGAAUUUUUUCAUAUGUUGAUUUUCUUGAAGGAGAGGGAAAACCGGUAGUUCUCUCCUCCUUUUGCCCUCAUACAAGCGGUGUUACGGGAUUGCUUCUUCAGCUGCGUGAGGAUUCUACAUGGGAUAGCAUUAUGUGUGCUGGGGCCGAUGGGUCGCUUGUAUUUAUGGACUUUACCGGAGCUCGUGGAGGUCAGUGGAUUAAGGGAUUGAGUGGGCAUUCGCUGGAUUUCCUGCCAAGCGGCAAUUUUAUUCUGGCACCAGUGGAAUCGGGUGGAGGCAUUUGUCUUUUCAGCUCAACCGACCUUCUUCCAUUGCCCCAAGAACCCGAAUUAAAGACAUCGCAUACGGUCACCGCAAUACGUUGUGUGGAGCCCAUGAGACUUCUUGUGGGCUGCGAAAAUGGAAGCUUGAUGAUAUUCCAAUGCGUUGUGGAAGGGUCUCAAAACAUAUCGUUUCAAAAACUGGAGGAGAGAGAAGUUCCGCCAUACAUUGCAAGAUCUUUUACUCCCAGUCAGCCAGAUGGUGAAUUGGCCGUGAUAAAUUUACAGAAGGGUAUUCUUGCACAGGAAGGUGCAUUCUUGGUUAUAGAUACGAAACGGGCUGAAAUGAUGUUUCCUAUUCGACCAUUGACGCAUAUAUAUCCUCUUCGUAGCAGUAUUGUCACCUUUGCUGGAUCCGAAAAAUACGAUUACACUGUGAUUUUGCAGUUACGUGAUGGCACUAUGGUGCAGUAUGUGGGAAAUUUGGCUCAAAAAACUAUGCCCGUUUUUGUGCGAACGCUCGUUGGUUCCCUAUUGGCCGAUGUGCUUCAGGGUGAGUCCGCUGGUUUGUUGAUGUACCCCAGCAACUACAUCUUGGAUUUGGCACCCACGGCGAGUGGGAAGGUGAACCUGACGCUUAUUUACGCUGAAGGUGCUGCACUGAAGCAGCUGUUUUUCAGCACCGAUCCAGAUAUCUCGGUGGAACCUCGUAUGUUCUGUGACAAGGAUGUGCUUAACGCCUCAAUAAGCUCGCACCCCAUAGGAGAUGAAGUACUGACGCUUGAACCCAUUGGACACGCUGAUCUGGGAGUGGCUGUGCUACGGGACUCUCCUAUUGUGGACAUUUUCAGUAAUGAUGGAAAUUAUCUCUAUCGCAUUCUCUACACUGGAUCUGUGUCGGAAUAUCAAGCAGCGCUUCGCCAGCGUCGUUCACGGAGUUUUCCUUGUGACGCCUCCUCCUUAAACAACAGUAUAUCUUUUGCACCGUCUUCCUCUUCUGCUGCCUGUACCGCCUCUUUUUGUGCUGAGGGGUAUUACCUUGCUAUUGGCUACCGGGAUGGACUAAUUCAGUUGUUUGAUACCACACGGCGGGUUGUGUUCGCACGCCUGGCGGUACAUAACUCAAUGAUAAGCAGCUUGUGGUCAUUUCCGGGUGUUGUGGUCUCAUCAUCAACGAAUGGCGCUUUACAUGCUUCUGUGGUAUUUCCCCGUGUGAUGUUCGAUGACUACGGAAGCAGCUCCAUAUCCUCGGCGGAAGGCUCCAUAAUGAGACGAACAUCAGUCAGCAUUUCCGUUGUACCACCUAACUGA